AUGCCCAUUAUUACAACCUUCACGCUACCAGAUUCCGUGGAAGCUCUUCAACUCCCCGGAAAUCCCGAUGCAUCCUUUUUCAUUACAUUUACGACAUCAAACCUUCCGGAAACAGGGGAGUCAUGGUGUCCUGAUGUCAGAGCUGCCUUGCCAUACAUCAAUGCCGCCUUCUCGGCCGAGACGGCGCCGAACAUGGCCUUCGUUGAAGUUGGCCAAAGACCCGAGUGGAAAGUACCCACUAAUGUCUAUCGGACCAAGUGGAACGUUCACAACGUUCCAACCAUUGUCCGCUACCAGUUGGUCAGUGGUGAAAUCAAGGAGACGGCACGGCUGGUAGAAGGCGAUAUUCUUGACAAAGGCCGACUGCAAGCGUUGAUUAAAUCUUAA